AUGCUCGCGAUCGCUUUGCUUGUUAUGCUCACGCUCUCAAACGCAUCGGCGGCGGCAACAGCGACUGUGCCGUUGCCGGUGCGAGCUGGCGUCCAGGAUCCGGCAGGCGACGCGAGCAUUUCCAUGGCUCCGGAGGGGCUGGACCGGCUUCCCGGGGGCUCUCCAGGAGACGCUACAACGGCUGAAAUUGAGAGAAUGAAUGCCAGAAUAUUAUCGACAAGGGACGCAGGAGCUUUGGGCAGAGGUUCUGCAAAGAAAAUCAAGAUUGGCGUGCCUAACAAACAGGAUUUUAAAGCUUUUGUGAAUGCGACCAGUCAAAAAGUCACUGGUUACAGCAUCGAUGUCUUUGACGCUGCUCUGAAGAAUAUACCUCUUGAUCUAGAUUACGAGCUCAUCGUCUUUAACGGUUCUUAUGACCAACUAGUACACAAUGUGUCCUCAGGGAUUUUGGAUGCAGCAGUUGGUGACAUAACAAUAACCGCUGAGCGAGCUGUUCACGUGGACUUCACGAUGCCAUACACCGAGUCGGGCGUGUCAUUGCUUGUGCUCACCGAGAAUGACUCCAAGUCGACAAUUGAAUGGGUCUUCUUAAAGCCACUGACAACGCAACUUUGGUUAGCAACUGUGGGCGGCUUCCUUUUCACUGGACUAGUUGUGUGGAUGAUUGAGCGGCCUAAAAACCUGGAGUACCAGGGAUCGAGUUCGAGACAGUUCAGCACCGCUCUGUACUUUUCUUUCUCUACCUUGACAUUUUCUCAUGCUCUCACGCUGUUGAUAAGGAUUGCAAAGUCAGUCCAUGCCAAGUACACCAAAGUAAGAGAUUCUGAUAUGCAGAAUGCCGAUGGGGGUGGAGGAAGUGAAGGCCACGGAGGAUCUGGCCCUCUGCAGAACGACAUGGGUAACUGGUCUACGACUGAGCAACCCAAUCAUGAAGCCAGAAAUGAGGAUCCUCCGGGUGUUAAUGGGAUCGGAGAAAGUCCUGGUGAUGUAGAGCCCAAUGACUCUGCCCGAACACGCCAUCCUAAUCGAGAUGAACGGCCGACGAGAUGCCAACAAUUGUUCUGCAUAGCGCGCAUCAGGAGAAAUGAAAAAUGA